AUGGCCAGUGCAGUAGACUACAAUCAGACUGCUGAUGAUCACCAGUCACUUCUGGUGCUUGUGCGUCACACUGGUUCCCAGCUUCCUAUUCAAAGUUUUAAUCGUGCCUUUGAGAAAGUAUCUAGGGUGGAUCGUAUCUAUGUGCAAGGUCAAAAAAGAAACAUCACCAUAAAGUACAGGAAAUCCUACUCACCUGAUUUCAACUCAUGGGGUGACUUUCAAGGCCAUCGCAAAGUACUUGGCCUCAUCACCCUAGGGAAAUGUCAGGAUCACGAUGAGUUUGGUGAUAUAUUCACCAGUUAUAAAUCUAUCAAAGAGGAAUAUGCAUCCACUAUUAUUAACUCUAGGUUGAUAGUUUUUGGCAUGAAUACUGAUGGGUCUCCCAUCGAGGGAGUGAAAGUUGAUUCUAAUGGCAAUGAUGAAGGUGAUUUGCAUUUUCAAAAGAGCAAGAAUUGUGAGAACUGUGACAAAAAUAAAUGUGCCUGUCAGGGUUCGACGAAAGAAAUAUCUUUACCCCCAGCUGCUCCAAGAGUGGUCAGCCCAAGCUCUCUAGAACCGUUAGCUGAACAUGCCGAGGGUGAUAAAUUCGAUAAUGUUUUCACCUCAUCAACCGAAUCAGUGCAUGAGAAUGAGCCUAGUAGAACUUCAGAAUCACAUAGCACCCCCAAACAAGAAGAAAGAAGGCCACAUAGUAACAGUUUGACUAAAGAAAGCAGUGGUUCUGAAAUUGUGUUUUAUCCUAGCCUAGAGACCUCAAAUGACCUCGAGGAAAGAAUCAAGGAGUUUGUUACGUCCCUGUAUUACGUUCUGGAGGGCAAGCGGUUGGAUAGAUCUUUUGAACGAAAUGACAAAUUGUCACUGCUGUGUGCACCGUUUGAGAAGAAAGACUAUGUUGGUGUCGACACAGAUACAAAGUAAGCAAGUAAUUUUAUUUCUGUGCACCAAUUAAAAUUAAGUAACUAAAUGCGUUGAUUUUGGUAUGUGUUGAAAUAAAGUGUAUUUUUUAUACUAGUAUUGGUAUUUGUUCUCAAAACAUUUCAGUUUAUCUUUCGGGUAUUUUCUCGAUGAGUUUAAAACUACCAUCACAACUUAGGUGCUCCUCUGUAUGAAUAAUACGCCAGUGGUGUUUAAGGCAUUUUUAAUAUGUACAUAUGGCUGUGAUGUAUGACACUGAUGUUUUAAAGUUAGUUUUUGCACAGAGACAAGACAGUUGGGUUUAGCAUUUUUGGGUAUUUUAACAGAGUUUGAUAAAUAUAUGGUGUCUGAAUUUAGGUUACAUAAAAAUGUAACGUUCUAGUCACCAGGUUUCUGAAGUUUAUUUUUUUUAACAUUCUGACUCGAGCAGAUCUUUUAGGAAAAAGUGCAUGGGCAGACUACGUAAGCAUCUAGGAGACCUCUGUCUGCAGGCAGCGAUGCCAGGUGAAGCUGUACUUCAUUAUAACACAGCUUUAGAUUUACUGCGCUCUGUCAAUGACUUUCUAUGGAUGGGAGGUGAGGUGUUUUUGAAAUUCUACCUGUACAUUUUCUGUUGGUUUUUUUUUAAACACACAAAAAAAUGUUAAUCCAUCUUUGGUUUUUGCAUAGAUGAAACACGAGGGAUGUCCAAUAUAUAUAAGUGUUUUUUUAAUUUUUGUUUUUGAAGUUAGUAUUUGUUGCAUGAAUGAUUCAAUCAAUCAUAGUGUUGAGAAAAAAAAAUUGACCAGAUGGACCAUUCUUUAAAGUGAUGUUUUGCAGUAAUAUUUGAACAUGGAAUCGAUUAAUAAUGGAAUAUUGCUAAUAAAAAUAAUUUUUGUUAAAGGGAUAUUUAUUAACUCUUUGAAGCCAAUAAAUUAGAAACUUCCUCUCUUAAGGUUGCUUUGAGGGGCUGGCGUGUGCAGCUGUAAUAUUAGGCUACCCAAGAAUGUCGCCAAUUGGCUUGAAAAGAAACUUAUCAUUCCAAACAACUAAUAGCUCAGCCCUUCCUGACACCAAAAGUAGGACGGGUAAGUUGAAAAAUCAGUUUACCAAAGUUUCCAACUCUCCUUUGUUCCUUAUAUGUAGUCUUCAAUCCCCAAGCUAGAAUAUCAAACUGUAAAAAAAAUGUACACUAUUUCCAUGCUUCUUUAUUAAGCACACUUGUAUACUCCUCUAUGUUUCCUCUUUCAUAGCCUUGGCCCUUAUGGCUGAAACUGAAAAACGAUUGUUCAUUCUUGCACACCAAAAUAAUUUAUAUCCCAUUGUUCUCUUUGACUGACUUAACCCUCACAAUGUUGUAUAAUUUUACAACCCUAACAGGUGGCAUAGGUAAAAAAAAUUUUGGGGGUAUAUGAUGGCGGAAUUUUACGCUAGGGAAAUACUUUGGAUGUUUUUUAAUUUUUCUAAUUGUAAAAUGUUUUUUUUUGGUUUUUUUUUUGUUUUUUUUUUUUUUAAAGGACCGCAACUUUCAAAAAUAAAUUUAGGGUUUCAGAAUGAGUUAGAUGCACAGCAAGAGCACACAUUGUCUGGUUUGAGGAUCCCAGAUCAAGCCAUACCUGCAAAAAAUUUGAAGCUAGUCAACCAAGACCAAUCCCAUCGAAUGGGAUAAAAAAAUUGAGGCCAAAAAAAAGUUCUGACAGAGUCCCAACAAUCUAAACAGAGACGCAUCAUUGAUUUUUUUCAACCUUUGGCCGAAAAAUUCUUCAUUCUACAAAACCAUUACAUCAGUCAUAAAUAAAGAUAACUUUGUAAACUAAAAAUUGCUUGCAUUCUUCAACGCAGGCUCCAGCUAUGCCAAUGGCCUAGAUGUUCUACCUGAGGGGUCCAGCUCAGGUGGUGUAAACACUGAUGAUGUAGUGGAGAAGUACAAAGAAGCCAUAACACUUUACAGCAAGGUGAGCCUUCAUUUCCAACCCCCCAAAAAAUGUUUUUUUUUAAGCUUUUGUUAUCAUUCAUAUUUAAUUAGCCAGAUGACUGGGUUUUUUUUUUACAUAAAGUAUAAAUAAGCAUUAAAAAAAUUAAUACAUUUAAUAAUUGUGUAAAAUUUUUUCAGCUAAAAACGCAAAUCUUUUUUUUUUUCUAAAUGUUUCGUUUUUUUUUUUUUCUUUGGCCCCCAGUUCAAAAAUGCCGCUGUUGUUGAAAUGGAAGCGUGUCUCAAAGCCAAAGCAUUAAAAAAAUUAAAACAUUUAAUAAUUGUGUAAAAUUUUUUCAGUUAAAAACGCAAAUUUUUUUUUUUUUUCUAAAUGUUUCGUUUUUUUUUUUUUCUUUGGCCCCCAGUUCAAGAAUGCCGCUGUUGUUGAAAUGGAAGCGUGUCUCAAAGCCUGUCGUUUUUUGAUUGUGCAGCAUGUGAGUAAUAUGCAAAACCGGUUCUGGGUGUACACAGGAGGACAAGAGCAAAUUUUGAUUGUUGAUAACGAAAUGUUGACUUUAGAUCACACCUCCUCACCAGUUUUGUUUUUUUCAAGAGUUAUUACUAUUUCUCCUUGUGUUUCGGGAUGAAGGCUUUCUUCCAGAUCAUUUUUCAGCUCUUUUUUUUUCAAGUUUUUUCAAAAGAAUAGUAAAGCUGGUAUAAGCCUGUUAGUUGAUCAAGAUUCAAUGCUAACAUCCUUUUUAUUCUUGAUGGAACAAUGGUUACUUACCCUAGAACUAGAAUGAAAUUUUAACACAGAUUAUGUGAAAGCUUGAAUGAUGCAUGUUUGUUUGAUUGCAGAAAUAUCUGGAAGCUUCUGACUUCCUCCAGAAUGUUGUUUACAUCAAUCCCUCCUCACUUGAGGAUGAUAGGGUGAGUUGGAUUUGACAGGUUAAUAGGUACACACUUGAAAAACAUAGGUACACACUUGAAAAACAUAGGUACACACUUGAAAAACAUAGGUACACACUUGUAAAACAUAGGUACACACUUGUAAACAAAGGUACACACUUGAAAAACAUAGGUACACACUUGUAAUUAUCACAUUCUAUUACACUUUACAUGUGCAAGUUUUGAUUGCAAUCGAACAAGUUUUGAUUGCAAUCGAAUUAAAAUUUUGCUGUAAUUUUUUUUUUUUUUUUGGUCAGAUCCAGCGCUACAUCACGUUGUCAUCGCUCUACAGUGAAAUCGGCUUCAGGCGCAAGGCUGCAUUUUUUCGCAGGGUCUGCGGCAUGCACUGUGUAGCACCGGACAGUUCUCCCAGCUGGUCCCAGUGCUAUGAGCUUCUGCUUCAGAGCCUGGAAGGUUAUAAUCUUUCCAUCAAUCCCAAAGAAAUGGACAGAGGUAGGAAUGUCUUCAUAUCAAGAUAGAACAAUUAACUCAAUAAUUUUUUUGGGUUGUGGCUUGCUUUUUUUUUACCAUUCUUGUUAUGCUUAUGAUAACUUCAACAAGUUCUGCACAGGUGGUUUCUUUGCUAAGACUCACCAUACUUACCAAAUCUGCAUGGUAAAUUUUGUUUCUCAUGUAAAUAAGCAUGCUGGACGAGUACACUCUCUGCAAUACAUUUUUGUUUGUUUAGGUUUUGCAACUACUUAUUGUCUAUUGAUUGAACAUCUGACAUGCAGCAGUUUGACUUUAUGAAAACUGAUCCUGGCCAUUUCAUAAAUGUACUCGUAUUAAUAAAUAUAAAAAUAAUCAUUUGAUCAUUGGCUUUGCCGUAGAAGAAAUGGGUAUUUAGAUGCAAGUUUAUUUUCACCUGGGUGCCAAUUCAUUUUUACACACCAAGGAUUACCUCAUUUUGGCUUAAAUUGUUUGUUAACUUACAGAUCAUCCUGCUGGCUGGCCCGUCCUACAGUACAGAGUCCUUCAUGAGCUGGUGUACUCAGCCAGACGGAUGAGUAAUCCACAAAUUGCUGUCAGGUAUAAUUUAUUGAAGAAAUAAAACACAGUCUCUAAUAAUUUUGUCCAAAAAAAAAUUCUACAUAUAUUUCACUCUUAAAAGAAAUAGUGCAGGUUAUAAAAUAUAUUCAAUAAAAUUAAAUGUGAUUUUAUUUGCUGUGAAGAAAUCUAAUUAUUCAAAGACUUUAGGUACAUUACAUUCUAUAACUUUAUUUGAUUAGACUUGUAGUCAUUGUUACCUUAAAAAAAAAAAAUUAAAAAUUCACUUCUUGGGCAUCCUUAAAAUAAAAUUAUAAAAAUAUUUAAUUCUUUUGAAAACCUUGCAAACCUGAAUUGUUGAUUUCCAAAGACGGCAUCCAUCCAUAAAUUGUUUUUAAAAUGAAUUAUGGCUUGACGUUGAAAGAAGCUUAUGAUACACUAAAUCCAUGUUUCAAUCCGUUAAACUUCAAAUACUGCCGUUGUAAAUGAAGUGUUUUAGACAUUAAACCUUUUUCCCUUCAGGCACAUGACGUUGACAGUUGACUCCAUGCUGCCGCACCUCAACGUCACUGAUCAGAGGGAGGCGAUAGCGAGCCUGUCCAACCUCACCCAGAAAUGUCCUGGCAACCCCCAGCCUAUCGCCCUGGACACUGGCCUGAUACUGCCCCCUGUUCCUCUCCUGUCACUGCCGACUGUUAGGUAAGCUUUCCUACGCAAAAAAAACAACAAACAUUUGUGUGAGCAGAACAGUUUUACAUAAAUUUUACAAUGGUAAAUGUCAACCUUGAACUGAGAACCCCAGCUGUAAUGAAUUAAAUCAUCCAAAACUUUAUCAGCAAUUUAGUUCUUUUAUUCUUUCCCUCAAGACCCUUUUGAUCAUUUCCAAAUAUCUUCCAUUUUCUUUCCUGCCCCCCUCAAGAUCCUUUCGCUUACUGCCCCCAAGUCCACACUUACAAGCCAGCAAGCUGGAUUUGUCAGAUGUAGAGAGCUCAUCGGGUGUGUUCAUCUACACCCCCUUGGUGCUCAGUAACAAGACGGCAAACGAGAGCAGACCAGGUGAGACCAGUUUUUUACCAAAAUGGUAAAUAUUAUUUUGUACACAGUAAUUGUUGGCCUCUUCGAUUGCAUAUUUAGAUUAAUACCAGCUGACCAUGCCCCAGCUGACCAUGCCAUGCUUACAACUUAACAAAUCUCCUGGUUUUUCAGAUUUCAAGUGGGUGUCGGGUGAUGUGUGUGAAGCUACUCUUCAGCUUGUCAACCCUCUGGCAGAUGACUUGAAGAUCUUUUACAUGGUAAUCUUUGACCAA